AUGCGCCUUUUUCUCUUGAUUCUGAUUCGCACUAACUUUGUUUCAGGCCUAUCUGAAAGAUGCGUACGAUCUGCUGCACCACACUCUGAAGAAUGA